AGUGCCUAAAAUAUAGUUUUGUUUUCCCAGAAAGGCGUGAAGUCGGUUGUUUUUUGAUAAGCGGCGAUGCUCGCCUGUUUUCGCAGAUACUGAGGAUUUUUGGCGGAGUUUUGAUGCGCUGGACCGAUGAGCUGAAUUUCUGAGUUUAAAAAAUGACCUCAAAGAAUUUUCGUCUGGAUGAUUUCGUCGCAGGAUGGAUCGGCGGCGCCUCCAGUGUGGUCGUAGGACAUCCGCUGGACACAGUGAAGACGCGGCUCCAGGCAGGAAGUGGCUACCAGAACACGCUGCACUGCAUCCUGUCCAUCUACAGGAAGGAGACGGUGAUGGGGUUCUUUAAGGGCAUGUCUUUCCCGCUCGCCAGCAUCACUGUCUACAACUCAGUUGUGUUUGGCUUCUUCAGCAACACUCAAAGGCUCAUAAGCAAGUAUCGCUAUGGCGACGGACGGCAUCCCUGCGGCAUGCUGGACCUGACUGUGGCCAGCAUGCUGACCGGACUGAUCUCAGUGGGGCUCGGCGCUCCAGUGGACCUGGUCAAGAUCCGACUGCAAAUGCAGACACAGAUGGUUCUGGCAGAGAACCUCCAGCUGGCUGGUAAUGUGGCCAACGGCACCAACAUCCCGCUUCGCUCUGUUGACAUUCCCAACCAGCGACUCUACCGAGGCCCGAUCCACUGCAUCAGCAGCAUCCUGCAGACCCAGGGCAUACAGGGACUCUACAGGGGCGCCGGGGCCAUGAUCCUAAGGGACGUCCCUGGAUACGCACUCUACUUCAUCCCUUACGCCGUCUUCUGUGACCUGCUGACCCCUUCCAGCUCGUCCAGCCCUCAUCCCUGCUCCAUCUGGCUCGCCGGAGGUUUAGCAGGGUCCAUCUCCUGGGUCACGGCCACUCCAGCCGACGUGGUGAAGAGCCGAAUGCAGGCCGACGCCCAGCUGCAGAAGAAGUAUAAGGGAGUUUUACACUGCAUCGUCCAAAGCUACAGAGCCGAGGGAGCAGAGGUUUUCUUCCGGGGAGCUUCUGUGAACGCCAUCCGAGGUUUCCCGAUGAGCUCCACCAUGUUCCUGAUGUAUGAACUCUCUCUGCAGUUCUUCAGGAGUCAUUAGGACUGCUGGGAAUCCGGAAACGCUCGGCCAGAAACCCAGCGAACCGGAGCCCGUUUGCUUAAGACAAGAGAUUGUGAGCACUUUAUAAUGGCUGAGUCAGCAGCUUUUAGUCAAAUGUUUUAGAUCUGAGCCAAAAUUUACCCUUUUUAUCACAGUUAGGUUACCAUGUGGGUGAUGUUUUUACUGUUUAAUAAUCUGAGUCUGAUUAUUCGGAUCACCAAAGUCACGCAUGUGUUCCUGCGCAGAUUUCUGCUUUUAACAUUUUAAUUUAACAAAACACACACAGGUGUUAAAGAAGACAGAGAUAUGACACUUUAGAUAAGCUAAGAAACGUUUCUGAAAGUGUUUCUGAAAAGUUUUUAAAAUUAUUUUUAAUUAUUUCUUAACAAAUUUGUUUCUAAUGUGAAACUGAGGUUUAAAUGAUCAAUGAAUGAGCAGCUGUAAAAGAAAAGAAAAGAAAUUGCACAAAGAAUUGUUGCACAAUUUAGUAAAUUAUUAAGAGAUGAUAAAAAUACAUUUAUGGAGGCCAAGCGCAGCCUGAAGGUCUUUGAGAAAGUUUAACUGGCUGGAGUCAAAAAAACUGAAGUUUUGCCUGGUUGGACAAACUUGUUUAGUAAGUUUGAUUUUAAAAAAAGUGUUAAAAAAGAAAAAUGAAGGAAAAACUGCAAAAUGUUGUACAGGAUCAUCCAUGUUGCUUUACAUUUUCUCCAAUAAUUUUAUGAGUCCAGCUGUUCUGUGGAUAUUUUACACUAUUUGUAGCACAAUUACACUUUAUGAGCCAAUCGUAUUUCAUAGUAAGAUAAAUCUGAGAUUUACAUUCAUGUUCUAAUUGCAUUUUAACUCUUUUUAGGUUGCAAUAUUAAAGUAAACUGACAGUCCUGCAGCUGAAUCUGAGCUGUGUUUGCACAUCUGCAGCUUUUUAUAGUGAUGUCAUGUUUUCCUAUCUGUGGGGGAAAUUACAAAGCACAUAAUGGUUUUUAUUGCAGUGUUACAUGGCAUUCAUGUGAUAAUCUGUUGGAUAAAAAAUACAGCAGGCAAGAAGAUCUGGAAAUGAUAUUUUAGUGACAUUAUGUAAGUUAGACAUACAGAUACUGAGACAUGUGGAUUUCUUAAUGAAUUUUAAAUAACUGAUUUAAUUGGGAGGUUUCGAUUAAAGGGGUUGAGGUGCAAUUUUUAGAAAUCACUAAAAUGAAAAAAUAUAUAUAUUAUUUUUAAUGUAUGUGACAUUUUUGACACAAUGUGAUUAUCAAACUCAAUAUUGUGAUACUGUCUACUUUUAUUUGUAUCUGUGUUUCUUAUAUUAAGAAAAGUGAGUUUUUACUUCAGUUAAUUUUAACUUUCUAAUAACUUUGCUGAUGUAACUGAGCCACAGUGGCACAUUUACGUUGUUUUAAGUUCAGCUAAUCUCAGAUCAACAGAUUUCAGCCACUAAAUCAACACUACCGUCACAGAAGGGAACUCAAAUGGAAAUAUUAACAUUUUACAUAGCUUUAUCCUCAUGUAAAUAGGUGUAAAUAUGUUUAACUGCUUUUCUGGAUGUUGAAAAGCCUAAUGUGUCUUAUUGUACUUAAAUAAAUCUUUAUGAACAGCUUA